AUACUGUGAGUCAUAUAGGGCAAGUCCUGCCUGGUGUUUACUCUGCUUCUACACCGAGCUGUGAAGUCGCUUUUUGUGGAGGAGCAACAGGCGGCUGGAUCCCAGAGAAACUCGGAUAUUUAACUCCUCUGUCCAGGCUCAAUUAAUGAAAAAGAAAGGGGGCGUGUGGUCCGGUUCUACAUGGAGCUGCUUCGGUUUUCCGUCUUCUGCUGCGGAGCGGUCCUGUUCGGUAUUGUGCUUCUGCCGGUGGAGACGAAUACCUCCAUGAUCACUAUAAAACAGCUGUGCAAGUUUUGUGAUUUGCAGGCCACCAAAUGUCCCGGUAAGGGAAUCUGCAAGGUGGAUUGUGACAUUACCUCCAUCUGCCCUGAUGAUAACGACGUGUGUGUCAGCAUCUGGCGGAAGAAAGACGACAAUAUUACAUUUGAAACAGUUUGUCACAAUCCAGCUAAUCCCCUGUAUGGCCUGUACCUGGACGAUUACAACAACACAAAGUGCAUUAUGAAAGAGAAAAAGGCCAAAGACUCAAAGUUUUUCAUCUGUUCCUGUUCCAACGAGGAGGAGUGCAAUGAAAACAUCAUUUUUAACCUAAAUUCUCAGGUUGGGCCUGUCAUCCUGGUCAGCCUGGUGCCUCUUCUGGUCAUAGCCAUUUUUGUCAUCACUUCGUUCUACUGUUACCGGGUCUGCAGUCCACAGGAAAACCCACGCAAGCCACUGGACAACACCGACAAGCACCCCAUCAUAGACAAUGAGGGUUCAGACAGCAGCUCCACGCACGCCAACAACCUCAACCACAACACCGAGCUCCUGCCCAUCGAGCUGGACGUUCUGGUCGGUAAGGGCCGCUUUGCCGAGGUCUACAAAGCCAAGCUGAAGCAAGGCUCGUCGGUCCGGGAGGAGCAUGGCUUUGAAACGGUGGCAGUCAAGAUCUUCCAGUUUGAGGAGUACGCCUCCUGGAAGAACGAGAAGGACAUUUUCUCAGACGCGGACCUCAGGCAUGAAAACGUGCUUCACUUCCUGACAGCAGAGGAGAGGAAGGGGCAGAGACAGUACUGGCUGAUCACGGCUUACCACCCACUGGGGAACCUCCAAGAGUACCUAACCAAUCACAUCAUCUCCUGGCACGACUUGUGGCUGCUGGGGAGCUCGCUGGCCCGUGCAGUGGCACACCUGCACAGUGACCGCACUUCCUGCGGCCGCUGCAAGGUUCCCAUCGCUCACCGAGACAUUAAAAGCUCAAAUAUACUCGUGAAAAAGGACAUGACCUGCUGCCUGUGUGACUUUGGCCUCGCACUUCGACUGGACAACUCUCUGUCUGUGGACGAGCUGGCCAACAGCGGACAGGUGGGCACUGCCAGAUACAUGGCUCCCGAGGUGCUGGAGUCCAGAAUCAAUCUGGAAAACAUCGAGUCUUUCAAACAAGCAGACGUUUACUCCAUGGCUCUGGUGCUGUGGGAGAUCAUCUCCAGAUGCAGCGCGAUCGGAGAGGUGAAGGAGUACAAGCCCCCCUUUGGGAACCUGAGGGAGCACCCAUGUGUGGAGAGCAUGAAGGACAGCGUCCUUCGAGACAGAGGAAGACCCGAGAUCCCCAACAGCUGGACGAGCCACGCAGGCAUCCAGAUGGUGUGCAGCUCUAUAGAGGAGUGCUGGGACCACGACCCGGAGGCCCGCCUCACCGCGCACUGCAUCGCCGAGCGCUUCGACGACGUGGAGUACCUGGACAAGCUGUCAGACUGCUCCGACUCGGAGGAGAAGAUGCUGGAGGAAAUCAUUGUGGUGGACGAGAAGUAACCGCUCAGCAGAACUGCUGCCCCCUCCAGGGUGACUGAGGCAUUACAACCAAACAGCUUAGAAAGGAAGGACUUUCAGUGGAUGGAGCUGUUCAGUCCACUUGGUGUGUGACAAAGGAGACAAACUGGAAGAUGACAGUGAUUUUUCUUUUUUUUUCUUCUUUUUUUACCAGAGAAAUCAUCAGGAACAAACACGGGAGAUCAAACUAUGCAUCAGUUUUAACCAAGUACUAUUUGCACUUUAUGAAUAAGAAUAUAUACAGUAUAUAUAGACACCAAAGUGGAGAGCAGUUUCAGUUUCACAGAAAAUGUUCAGGUAUAGAAAACAAAUGGAGCUGCACACAGAAGGGAGCUAUGUAAAUUACAGAGGAAUUUAAUACACUAAUAUACAGCUUAUUUUGUAUUCAAGUGCCUGUAUUGUUUUUUAUGUUUUAUUUCUGGCUUUACAUGAAUGUCUUGACCAAAAAUGCAAGGUGGAGUUUGGUGUAUAAAAAACUGAAUCCAGUGGAGAGUGGGCUUUUCGUUCAGCUACAGAUAAAAGGCAUUAAACUCACAAUGUAAGAACCAGUUUUAACUGCCUAAAACUGGUUGCAUCUUUUAUGUUUAUUGUAUGCAGCGACAAGUGGCGAAGUUAAUGUCUGUGAAAGCAUAGCAAAGUAUUUCUGCAUCAGCGUGAUGUUUCCUAAAGGAAUGUUUAGCCAAAACAUGGAGGCAAAGCGAGACUUUACAACUAUAUGAGGAAACUGGACAAGAAAACCAAUGAACUACGAGGAUCUCUGCCUGGUAAAGAUGUGUAAAAGCCUUAAAAUGAGCUUACUUGUCUUACUGCUCUUUGCUGCAGUUGUCUAAAAUGAAGCUCUGUUCUAACCACCUUGUAUUUACCCCCAACAUCUGGAUUCACACCUUGAAGUCUUUCCCCCAUCCACACACCCUUUGAGGUGAACCUAGCCUGAUUUAAAUAUGCACAGUUAUGGCAAAUUGUAUUUUUUCUUAAUAUGAAAGAAUAUUAAGGAAUGAAUGAAUCUCACAAGCUAAAUGUUGUCAAAUUAACGCUGGAGUCGCCACCGUCAACAUUUAGACUCCCCCUCCCUCUUCCAGCACAGCUGAAUCAAAUGAACGGCUCGUUAGCGGGCCUCUGCAGAACUUGGUGCGAUACUGAGGAGGUGCUGGAGUUGGAGACGCCACAAUAUAAGGUUGGAUUUUUCUAAAAGUUUCAGUGUGAGAUCAUGUAAAAAAACAAAACAACAAUAAUAAUAAUAAUAAAUCUUUCUUGUGUGCUUUACACAUCUUUAUUAGUGGGGCCAAAAAGGAGGAGCAUUGAAUCUACAGCAGAUUAUCAGUAUAUGAAAGAGAAUCUCCUUUUAAAUUGGAAGCUCUGAAAAAAAGCGUCAUCCUAUGUUGUACCAAAGAAAUCAAAUCAAAGAAAUGCAUAUUUGUGUAUGUCUGUAGCUUUAAAAACAAAACAACAAAAAAAACAUUCCUAAAUGUUUCUAAUCUAAAACUAAAAAUUCUUAAAAUAUAAAUAGGACACAAUACGAAGGAACUUGUCAUUGAUGUCCUGAGGAAAAACAUUUGGAUCAAAAGAGACACGUUGGAAUAAAAGUGGUUCAGGAGUUUUCACAGUACUAUUUUUAUGUUUGUAUUUGUGUGUUUCUUCUUCAGAGAACUUUAAUGUCAGAUUAUUAGGUCUAUUUAUUCAGACCAAAAAGAAUAAGGAAAGCAAUAUAAUAUGUUAAGGAUGUAAGACUGGAGGAGAAGCCCUCUUUUCCAUAUUUUAUGAAAGCUGAAUAUGUAAGGUGUUUUGGGCUAAUGUGCCUUUUUUUUCAUACAGAAUAGCAAUGUCUCAGCAAAUCUCCAAAAAUAUUUUGUAUCAAACUUUUGUAUAAAAGUGUAAAGUCAAUAUUAAAAGAUUUUCUAUUGUGUUUUAAAAGGAUUUCCAAUCUUUUAACAUUUCUGAGCUACACUUCAUUCUGAUUUGGGUUUUUGUAAUACACUUCUUUUAUUAGCUAUUUAGUUUUUCUUUUCUUAUUAUUCCCGUUACUACAGCUUUGAACUUAUUGUUUUGAUUUUAUUGCCGUUUAUCUUGAAAUUUAAAACUUUCAUCUCCAGCAUAUGAAGCUGACUGUGUAAGUAGGCGGCCAAUAUCCAAAAAUGGUUAAGUCCAAAAUUUGUAAAGGAACAUUUCCAUGAAGCAAUGAAUAGAUUUAGCUUCUUCAUAUCGCUCUGAUGAGAAGUUAGCGUAGCUCCUCAUGGGUAUGGAAAUAUUUCCAAACUGUCUUUUUAUGAUUUAUUUAAAUGUUUUCUCAGGGAGGGAUGGCAAUAAUAGAAAAGAACUUCUUGACUUUAACAAGAAGUAUUGCAUCCUUAAAUUUGCAUUUAUUCCACAUAGGGUUAAAAUUAUACAUCCAGACUAAAAUAAAAACGUAUUUCCACCAAUAUUUGGUUAAUCGUCCUUUAGCACUUUAGCUUUCAGUUAUUGUAGACAUCAUAAUUCUGGCUGAAUAUUUAACAACUCAUUUUGGCAAAAUGGGUUGGUCCUGUUUAAACUGGUUGGGUUGCAGUUUCAGUUGAGGUUUUUUGCACAUAAAAUAUCCAUUUUAAUUAAAUAUCCCCACAUGUGAGAAUAAGAAUAUGUUUUUGUUUGUUUGUUUUUUGCAUUAGCUGUUCUCAAGUCAGCAACAUGAAAUCAGACAAAUCUGGCUCCUUCACUAAUGAGAGUUUGCUUCAAAGUGCAGGCAGCACAUUUAGAAACACUCAUCUUACAACUUGAGGUUGUACACAAAGACAACCUCAAGUUGUGACUGUUAGCCCAUAUAUUACAGACCUCAAGCUGCUUUUGAAGCAUCAGUUCCUGUGAUGAUUGACAGACAUAGUGUGUGUUUUUACACUGACAGUUGCCUGAAUGAGCUAGAGAUGAGAUAAGGGCUUCAGCAGGUCCGCUCAGUGUUUGCUCGGAUGGCCUCUGCAGCGUCUGACAGCCGUUUUGAUCCUCAGCCCAUAUAUCUGACUUAAGCUGCCUCUGGCUUCCUGCCAACACAUCUGAGCCACUGCUUCACAGUUUCUCCAGGUUGUCCAUCUGCAAGAAUCUGUAGGUUUUUAAAUCACUUACUGCAUCCCAGAACUUUGCCUGUGUUGCUUUUAGCACUCUGCGUAAACUGACCGGAGAACUUCAGCUUAGAGCGCAGAGCCAGAGGACAGCUAAGAUGGUUUCUGUCUGAGUGAAAGUCUGAAGGUUGUUUAGGUUUGAAUACACCUUUAAUGUCUGCAUGCUUUCCUUGGAGAGAGACAGUUAGUCUUCUUUGGACUUUCUUGACUUCUGGUCUUUCUUUGGACUUUGUUUUUUGUUUUACACAUUUUCUAGUGAUUAACUUAAUAGUCCGGUAUUUUGAUAGUAGUUUAUGUUACUUUAUUGCUCAACUGUGUAGCACCAUCGUAUCAUUUAGAUCCACUUCUGGGAUCUCGGUUGGUACAUUCCUCAGAAAUCUGAUGGAUUAUCCAUGCACUUGUUUUAUGCCAUCUGGUGGAGAAUCUGAUUACUACAUGAGCUCUUCAAUCCUUUUUUUGGUAUGGCUAGGAAAUGUUCUGUUAAAAGAAACAGACUAUUACAAAGAAUGUUUUUUUAGUAUGGCGAAACUCCAAAUAAUAGCAAAGUGGGAUACGUUUAUUAUGGAAAUGUGCUGUAUCAAAUACUAUACUUGUCUCACGGCUUCUGUUCUACAAGUGCUCUGUGCCUGGUUUAAUUGCCAAGAUCUUGGCUUGACAUGUUUUCAAAGAAGCUGUUUUUGAAUGAAGUCAAUCAGCAAAAAUAAAAUGGAUGAAAUAAAAAUUAUAGA